AUCGUCCAACAUUUUCCUUCCGGAGCGCCCCAAUUCCCUUAGCCAUGACUAGAAAGAAAGCCGCUCUGGCGUACAUCGCCAACGACGCCGCGAGGAAAGCCACUUUCAAGAAGAGGAAGAAUGGCCUGAUGAAGAAGGUGAGUGAGCUGAGCACGCUGUGUGGGAUCGAGGCGUGCACCAUCGUCUACAGCCCGUACCAGGCCGAGCCAGAGGUGUGGCCAUCCAUGCUGGGAGCACGCCGGGCCAUCGCAAGGUUCAAGAACAUGUCGGAGAUGGACCAGAGCAGGCGGAUGGUGAACCAACAAGAGUUCAUCCGGCAGAGGAUCGUGAAGGCCGAGGAGCAGCUGAAGAAGCAGCUGCGCGAGAACCGCGAGAGGGAGAUCGUGCAGGUGAUGUACCGGGCCCUCGUCGGGGAGGGGCUCCAGGGCCUGACCAUCGUGGAUUUGAACGACCUGGGGUGGAUGCUGGACAAGACCGGGGAGGAGAUCGAGGAGAGGAUCAAGAAGCUGAAGAAGUCCGCGCCAAGCUCAGAGCAGGCAGCGUCGGCGGAGCCGCAGGCAGAUAAGGCGGCUCCAGAGAACCAUGCUGCCUUAAAUGAUUUCGUGGCCGUGGAGGCCGUGGAGAACCAGCCUUGGUACAUGGACUUGCUGAAGCCGCGCAACGAGGGCGACGCCGUAAAUCUCGACAGGAUUGACCCGAUGCCGUCGUACCCAUACGGAAACCCUACUCCUUCAUGGUCCGACUUCUACUUCCCAUGAAGGAAUUUGGGAGUGUUUAAUUUUCUCGGUAAACAUGAAUAAAAUGAAAAUUAGGAGUGUCUGAGAAACGGCAACGAGUACGGGAGCUACAUGAAUAGUGAUCAGAGAGCUGCUGGGCCCGUUGGAGCAGGCAAUGCUACUACCUAUCAAGUCAAAAUCGCUUCUCCAUCCCAAGCAUCAUCUGCUCCUCCAUCCAACAAGUUGUUGUAGAAUCCCAGAGAAUUUCAUCCGCUGUGGGAUAGAACUAGAGUGAUUCUGACAUUUCCUUUUCUUUCCUUUUCUUUUAAUUCCGAGUUUCUUUGUAUUUGUAAUGUCGCUCGUCCUAUGUAAGAAUUUAUUUCAUCCAGUUGGUGUGGUAACCGGAGCGAAAUCACAAUACACGUGUUUGCCUCCGUGUUAUGUCAUCUAUAUAAUGUGUAAUAAACUUUGCUUAAACAUGGAUCUUUUGUGUA